AUGGCAAUCCCAAGUUCCAACCAAUGUUCGGAACAAACCAACUCCCGUGCGUCAUCUCUACCUCAUCCACAUCAAAAAUCACAAAAAACGCUUAGAAAAUCUCGAUCGACAAGUUCACUAACUCGUAAACUAAACCCCAGCCUGAGUUCUCAACUCUUUUUCCCAUAUACAGUAAACCAUGUUAAUGACGUCAAACAUAAAGGAAAUAGGCUUAUCGAAACCAAUCAUCAUAUAGAUAGCGAUAGAAUAUCAAUUUCAGUCACCAAGAGAGAGGUUAAGCGCCAUCAUUCGAGACGUCAUACUGUUGAUUAUACAAGUAACGAAUUAAACUUGGAAAAACGAAACACGAACCCUCCUGAGAAUGUUCGAUGCUGUAACUUGUCAGUGGUGAAAGAACUAAAUGUAUUAUCUGGAAAAACAGUUACCGUGAAAAGAAAGGAUGGUAAAAAGUUUGUGGUUAAAUGUGUAGAUAAGAAAAAACUCCUAAAAGAUGAAUAUUACAAGAACGCCCACUCAGGGACUUGUGAUUGUAAAAAUUGUCAAGAUCCUACAACCACCUCCACAUCACACUCGAUAUCUUCAUUAAUAAGGGGUAAAUUUCUAAGGAAAAAAUCUGUCGCAUCCGACACUCUCAUCAUCACUUCCGCUGCACAAAAAAUUAGUCAAAUUAGAUUUAAUUCUUCACCCGCGCUCGCCUCCAUCAUGGAAGAUGCUCCCCCCCCAAAAUAUGUUAAUGAUAAAAUUCCGUUAGAAUUGCUGCUGCUGACAGCAAAUAGCACGGAGCUUCCAGAAUUCGUAACAUAUUUUUCUAACGAUGACUAUUAUUAUUAUGUUACAAAAAUGCACGGGGUUAAGCAGAGAAAAUGGAAGAAGCCAAGAAGUUGGCGUUGUAAAAAGUAUUUUGACGUUUUUUGGGAUGAUUACAUUAGUAAAAAUGUGAAAUGUGUUGAAUAA